CUGUGCAACUUCCUGGAAAGUUACACAAAGCCCUCCUGAGAGGACACAAAGCUGGGCUGAGAGCCAAACCUUGGAAAUUCCGGAAAACCACAAAGACAGAUGCCCCGGUCCCUUGUGCCCUUCCCGAUAAGGAAGCUUCUGUCCCCCACGCCCACCACCACCAAUAACACCUAGUCCACACUCUGGGCAAAGGCCACAUCGCUCAAUCUGGGGUCCUCUAUGACAACUCCAGUAAGUUCCGCCCAGCUAUGAGGCAAGCGCUUCACCUCACCACCCUGCCCCAGAAGAUAAAACUCCGGUCCAGGGCCUGACUCGCACACAGCCCCGGAAGCCCUGUCCACCAUGCCCUCCAUGCUGUUUGCCUGGACUCUGCUUGCUCUCGUGGGCCUCGGAGCCUCCUGCAGCUCCAACGUGCCCCGCAGCGAGUGGAAGGCCCGGCCGUCGGAGUGCUCCCAGCGCCUGCAGCACCCCGUUCGCUACGUGGUGAUCUCCCACACGGCAGGCAGCCCCUGCGCCAGCCCGGCCUCCUGUGAACAGCAGGCCCGCAAUGUGCAGCAUUACCACAUGAGCACGCUGGGCUGGUGCGACGUGGCCUACAACUUCCUCAUUGGAGAGGAUGGUCAUGUGUAUGAAGGCCGAGGCUGGAACAUCAAAGGUGACCACACAGGGCCCACCUGGAACCCCAUAUCUAUUGGCAUCACCUUCAUGGGCAACUACAUGGAUCGGGUACCCCCAAAGCGGGCCAUCCGUGCCGCCUUGAAUCUUCUGGACUGUGGGGUGGCUCAGGGCUUCCUGAGAUCCAACUAUGAAGUCAAAGGACACCGAGAUGUGCAGAACACUCUGUCUCCAGGCGACCAGCUCUAUGAAAUCAUCCAACAGUGGAAACACUACCGCGAGUGACAGCAUGACCCUGUGUGGCCACCCCCCUAAAAUCCCUCCUGCCACCUGCUCCCUCCCGCCCCAUCCAUCCUCCCCGUGACCCCCAAUAAAGAUGUGGCACCCAGCAUG